GAAAGUGGCAGCCUGGUCUCUCAGCCGUGGGCAGACACAGCCUCUAUUUUAGGGUUCGGGCCACAGUACGGUGUGUCAAGUGUUUCCGUUCCCCCUCGGCUGGCCUGCGCUAGGCUUAAUCGGAUCAGAAAGGACCUUCGUUCAGGAGCCUAUGACCGGGCAGCGCGUCCUGGUGGUAACAUGAACCCAAUGUUGUUCCCAAAGACUGGUAACCAUAGGGACACUGUGUAUAAUUUAUAAUCGACUACAAACGGUGGCAACAUGGAGGAGAAGGCGUGCAUCGUCGAGGGUUUGUACCGUGCUCUGGGUGUCUCUGCCGGAGGAAGGUUCUCCUCUGAAGAUAUCAGCCUGAUCUACAGGAGGGUCUUCCACUACCCCUCCACGGCAGAUGAUGUUCUUGUCGCUUUGAAGACGGUGGCUGGGGAAGAUGAAGGGUGGUCAUGCGCGGGUGAACACAUCCUGGAUGUUCUUUUAGAAAUGCAGAAAGAGAGAGAAAGGAAAGACGAGCUAUACUGGUCCCAGCAGCUGCUCAACACGGGGAAACACAAGAACGGACAUCUAACGGACACACAGGAACCCAUGUAUCAGCGAAACCCAGAUAACAUGCGCUCAGAUUCAAGCACCUUCAAACACACUCAGAACAUAUUGUAUUCAGUCUCCGUACCCCCGGGCUCUGAUGACGUAGACCUUUCACAGACAGAACACAACCACAGGUGUGUGUUGCGUCUGAAGAGGAGCGCUCGACAGUGCUGGGCCAGGCUGGUGACUGAAGGCGUUCACAGCAUCGCACCCCGACGCGGGCGUGCCACUGAGAUGGAGGUCAGAGGUCAGGCUCUGGGUUGUUUGACCCCGGCCGAUCUCCUUUCACUGGUGGAGAUGAAGUACGCCGUGGUCACGGGGUUUCUGUACACAGAGAUGCUGAGGCAGCACUACGGUUGGAGUGCCUGGGAGACCCUGCCGCCAUGGCAACAAGACAAGGAGAAGGAGGGGCUCGAGGACCUGGCCGAGCGGGCGCUGGCGUCUGGGGACCUGCUCCGUCUGACCGAGCUGCCGGGGGCCUUCAGGGUGUACAAGACGCGUGGGGGGGGGUUCCCGACCGGCUCCUCUGAGUCCGGUGUGCGGUCGUCUUGGUCGGCCAUGACCGUCCUGACAGAGGCCCACGCCUCCCGCCAGCAGGAGAUGGAUUCACUGACACACCUCAGCAAAAGGCUUAACAGGGAGAGCCUGAAGCUGUUGUUUCUUUACAUCAGGCUCGCCACGUUCAGAGCCCAGACGGAGAGCAGCUCCUACGGAGCUCUGCUUGCAGCCCGACAGCUCUGGGAGUCCUGGCCGUGUGUCAGCAACACGGGCAGCCGGCAGGAGAUGGUGGAACAGUGGCUUCAUGGCGAUGAGGACGAGAAGGAGGAAGAGAUCCCCAUCUCAGUGUCACCGCAGCAGGCCGUGCUGCAGCUGCUGGUUCUGCAGCAGAAGGCGGAGAGGCAGUACCUCCUGGGACUGCUGCGUGGUGUCUCCCUACACCAGCUUGAGGGACAGGGGAACCAGUGCCCUCUAAAGAACAAGGAAAAACAAAGGCCUGGUUCUUUAAAAGACGGCUGCCUCAGAAGGCUGCAACACAUCGGUGGCGACCUCCAGACACAGGCUGCACUCCGACAGUCGAACUCUCCACCACCGCAGACACAUCCCCCCCCCUGGCCCAGGACGCAGCCCCCCCAGAAUGAGAGCCAGGAGGGGGUAGGCGGGAGGUCCACAGGGACGGCCAACCGAUGGGGGGAGAGCGCUGUGAUCCUGCUGAGGCAGCUGGCAGACCGCCAGGAGGCCCAGGCUUCUGCUGCGCUGCCACCGCUGCUCCACAUGAGCAUUGAGCAUCUUCAGGCUCUGAGAGACAGAUAUCGGUCGGAAUUCCAAACGCAGCAUUUUGCCGACCUGCACAUCAUCCUCAGUCCUGACGUUCCCGAGUCCUCAGUGGUCGAGGUGGGGUUGGGGAUAAGCCAGGCUGGGCCAAUCACAGAACUGAACAGCAAUGCUGGCCUUCACAAUAAAAGCGCUGCAGCUCCUGCGGAGAGCAGCGUCCCAUCACACGAGGAACCGGCAACUGAACCAGGACCAGUACCAGGACCAGUACCAGGACCAGUACCAGGAACCAUACCAGGACCAGUACCAGAAGCCGUACCAGGACCAGUACCAGGACCAGUACCAGAAGCCGUACCAGGACCAGUAACGGCCGCUGAAGAGAUUUUUCUGAGACAGGAUCUCUGCACAGGCUGCGGUGCGGCCCUGGAGGAGCUGCCCUACCUGGAGAUCCUGUGCGUCUCGGACGGCGCCGCGACGCACCACGGGCGCCCUGAAGAGGAAGGGAGCUACGAGGAGGAAGAGCGAGGGGAGACCCGCGGGAGAGCGCCGCAGGGCUACGAGAAGCAGGGCUCUCUGAUCACGUCGGCGUGGAGCAAGCAGACGCAGUGCCACCCCGAGGCGGCCGCCGCCGCCCCCGGCGUCUGCGGCGGUCCAGGGGAGUGCAGCGUCCACCUGGGGAUGGGGGACGAGGACGAGGCCAGGGAGCACAUGGAGGUGGUGGUGGAGCCGCCGCCGGGUCAGUCCGGGGUACAGCCUGUGUCAAAGGUUGAAAUGCACACCAGCAAACACCAGGUGGAGAACGAUCAAGCUCUCUCCGAUGGCAGCUUCCAGGAACAUGGUUUUGCGUCAGAGACCAGAGCAGUUGCACCAUCACAGCCCCUGGUUCCUUCUGAGACUCAGCCGCAGUUUCAGCCGGAGCCGUACAUGACGUCCGACCACAUGACGGGAGAGCCAUGCAGGGGCCAGGCAGAAGUGGAAGUCUGCUCCGUCCCCAGUACAGAAGGGCCGUGGGCUCAUAAAGGAAACGAACUGCUUCCAGCUGAGGACCGUACGAGCGUCCUACCGACCACAGAGGUCGAGUUCCCAGAGGAGAGGAGGGCGAUGGAUGCAAGUUCGUGGAAGGGCCAUAAAACGAGGGAGCCGGUGUCGUUGAUGGAGAGGGAGAAGACGAUGCGGAACCUGGUAGACAUGCAGAGGAAGGUCGAGGAGAAGCAACAGAGAGACAGAGACAGACAGCUGCUAAGGCUUCAGGAGCGACUUUCGAUUGUUCAGAACAAAAAGGCAGAGGAGGAUCUACUUGGUCUGAAACAGAAAGAAGCACUGGAGCACCUCACACACAAUCUGCCACAGGAAGAUAAGCUUCAGCAGAAGACCGUGGUGCGAGCCCGGCUAGACCAGCUGAGGAGAGAGAGAUCCUGUGUGAUGCAGUCCAAACGAGACCGGAACACCGCUGGCUUUAAACAACUCCUGGGUCCGGUGGUCCACAGUUCAGACACAGAACAGCACAGAAUAACACAAAGUCAACCGCUUUCACACAAUACCAGCCAGCCACCACCCCAUUGUGUAACGCAUGCAUGCAACACAUCCCCUACUAAUGAAAUGGUUUAACAAAUCAUUCAGAACUGAUGUAAGGAUUGCAUCUGAUCCAAUACCAGUGUUCCCAAUCUCUUUUAUUGCUUCCAUUGAUCGUAGCGUGUUUUAGAACAAAUGCACAAAUUCAUGAAUCCUUUUCUUGUUCACGUCCUUGACAUGAACAAGAAACAUUUAACCAAACUGGUUGAUCAUUUGUGUACACAGCCAUGACUUGACAAAGAACACGUCUUGUGAAUGACCCGUGAAUGAGACUUGGUGAAGAAUAGUGAAUAUAAAUACCAAGAAAUAAAGAUUCAACAAAGACAACGGUCCUAUAUGGUAACUUUUUAAUAUAGUUCAUCUCGACAGAUAGGCAUAAACACGCUCAAUCAUUAGCAAUUGACCUCAAGUCUUCUGUAGGUUCUCUGUGGCCUGAAUAAGAUGAUACAAUACAUGCCACCAGCCUAGAGAGGUUCCCGUCCACACUCCUCUAUGUCCACAUAACAUUAGCAACAGAACAGGUAAACCCACAGGCUAUUUUGAAACAUAAGUGCUGUGACCUCAGGAUGGACCGUAGAUGCACCUCGGCACUAGAACAAGUAUUUACAGGCUCAUUGGGAGAGGGGUUGUGUCAAAAUGUCCUUGGGCAAAUCGCUUGGCGUCGCACCUCCUUAACGGCAAAGAUGCAUAUUAACACAGAGAAGGAGUCAAGCACAGAGGGUUUCCUAAUCAGACGGUGCUUGGUCAUUGGACUUAAGUGUAGAAAGUGCUUAUUUGUUUAUCUAUGAUCAGUGCCCUUUCCUUCUAAAAACUAUUUGAUCUAAUGUCCAAACCCAAAACAUAAUAAAAACCGGUUACAGGAAACGCAACAUUCCACCGUGGCUCCCAGAAAUAUCCAUUAAUACGAGUCUUCGACUCAAACAGAGGUACAACUCAAACUUGGGUUCGUGUGUUGCAUUCUUAAUGUCUCACUCAGCAACUUAAAGAGGUAUUGACCCGAGAAAAUAUGGUAUCCAACAAAGACGCGUUGGUUAUUACUACAAAUAUCUCCAAUAUUAAGCUUCAAUAUCAAUAUCAAUAUUCAAUAUAGUAGUCAAAGAAAAGCUGGGUCAUUAUCAGAUCCAAGAUAACCCAUUAAAUAACAGGAAGGGCUGAGAUGCCCCACCCGUUUACCUCGGUACAAGGUGAAGACAUGCUUUGACGGCUGUCAUCAGGUCAGAUCCUACCAAUUUGGGAUCUUUGAUUGCAGGAACACUUGCAAGGUACAGAAAGACGCGUUGGCAAAUCUUAAUG